AUGUCCAUUCCUACUCCGCUCGUCGUUCCCGCUCUUAAGCGGCACACCGCCACCGUUAUUGUUGCCCAUGGCUUGGGCGAUAGCGGUGCCGGCUGGAUGUUCCUCGCUGAGAACUGGCGCCGCCGCAACAAGUUCGACGAGGUUUCCUUCAUCUUCCCGAGCGCCCCCUCGAUCCCCGUCACCAUCAACAUGGGCAUGCGCAUGCCCGGGUGGUACGACAUCCUCUCUCUUUCCGACAUCAACCAGCGCUCCGAGGAUGAGGCCGGCAUCAAGCGCAGCAUGGAAUACUUCCACGGCCUGAUCAAGCAGGAGAUGGAUAAAGGGAUCCCCAGCAACCGUAUCGUUAUCGGCGGUUUCUCCCAGGGCGGGGCCAUGUCGCUUCUAUCUGGGGUCACUUCCCCCAACAAGCUGGGCGGAAUCUUCGGUCUGAGCUGCUAUCUUCUGCUUCAGAACAAGAUUCGUGAAAUGGUCCCCGAGGACAACCCGAACAAGGAUACCCCCAUCUUCAUGGGCCACGGCGAUGCCGACCCUGUCGUGCGGUAUGACUGGGGCCAGAGGACCGCCGGCAAGCUCCAAGAGUGGGGCUGGAAGGUCGAUUUCAAGACAUACCAGGGACUUCCUCACUCGGCUGACCCCGAAGAGAUUGAGGACCUCGAGGCGUACCUGAGAAGCAGGAUCCCCCCUCUUGGCGACAAGGAGGAGACGUCUGGCAGCCUCUGA